AUGGAACUUCACUACCCCUACACAGGCAGGGAACCAAAUCACAUUUUACAGUCUUUCGGGAUCUGUGAGGAUCAUUGGAUCUGUGGUGCGAAUGAUAUUUGCCAGCAAACAGAAACUGGGGGAAAUGAGUCGAGCCCUAUUUCAUUCAUCCUUCUAGGAUUUGGGAAUCACCUUGAACUACGAAUUAUCCUCUUUAUGCUAUUCUUAACCAUCUAUGUUUUGGCUCUUAUGGGAAACCUUCUAAUUGUUCUACUAGUUGCAGCUGACGAACACCUUCAUACUCCCAUGUAUUUCUUCCUCAUGAAUUUGUCCUGCUUAGAGACGUGCUACAGUUCAACCAUUCUGCCCAGGAUGCUGACCAGUUUCCUAACUGGCGACAGAUCCAUAUCUGUUGGGGGCUGCAUCACACAAUGUUAUUUCUUUGGUAUCUUUGCAGCCACUGAAUGUUACCUUCUGGCCAUGAUGUCUUACGAUCGUUAUUUGGCAAUCUGCAAACCUCUCCAUUAUACAUCUCUUAUGACUCGGAGGCUCUGCAUGCAACUAGCGUCUACAUCUUGGUUGAGUGGCUUCCUUACCAACACUAUUAUAACCUCCUUUAUGUUACAGUUAACAUUUUGCGGACCCAACAAGAUUGACCACUUCUUUUGUGACAUCUACCCUGUCUCAAACCUCUCCUGCAGCAAUCCUUAUUUUGUGAAACUUGCAACUUUCAUUCUUGGCCUGAUAGGAACGGCUCUUCCUUUUGGGUCAACCCUGACUUCCUAUAUCUGCAUUAUUCUCACCAUCUUGAACAUUCAGUCCAAAAGUGCCCAGAAGAAGGCUUUCUCCACUUGCUCUUCCCAUCUCGUUGUUGUGACCCUCUUCUACGGGUCGAUAUUCCUUGUCUAUAUUGUGCCUGAAACAGUAUCUCUGAAGGAGCUUCACAAAACUUUUUCUCUGUUAUACACAGUUCUGACUCCGAUGCUCAACCCGCUCAUUUAUAGCUUGAGAAACCGAGAGGUGAAGGAAGCUCUUUGCAGAUGUAUCAGGAAAUUUAGCAACAGAGUUUCCUAA